CUCACAUCCUGCAAGAAGCGGAAGUGACGCAUUUGCCCUCCUGCCUUCUCUGGGGACCCUUGGCCUUCUACGGGCUGAGGGGUAGUGGGCGUAUCAGUCCGCCACCUCUCUUGUCCGUCCCUGAUUGGCGGCCGCUCGUCUUGCUGCCUGGCGCGGGCUCGGGUAGCUCCUGACGGGGCCGGGGGAACAAAGAGGAGACACGGGGUAGGCCGCGCCGCCGGCUCCAGGGUGAGCUGGGAGCCGGAGCCCGAGCUGAGCCGCCGCCGCCGCUGCUGCUGCCACCACGGUGGGGCUGUGCCAGGAGAGAGCUUCCCUGGAGUUCUGUCUGUGCCCAGCCCGGGAGGGCUUUCCCCGGCUGGAGCCAGCCCCAGGCUCUGCCGCCCCAGUCCCGAGCCCAGACACCAGGCUGAAGCGUUACAUCCCAUCCUUCUGGAGGACAGGGAAGGGAAAUGGCUGCAGUGAAACCAGUUCAGGGGCCAGUGAGCUUUGAGGAGGUGGCUGUGUAUUUCAUCAAGGAAGAGUGGGCUCUGCUGGACCCUGCUCAGAGAGUUCUCUACAGGCAAGUCAUGCAGGAGAACUAUGAUAAUUUGACCUCACUGGGUUUUUCUUUCUCUGUCCCAGCAGAUGAUGGGAUGGUGAGUGAGACCAUGGAGCAGAAUCCUCAUCAGGAAGUUCACAAGCAAGUGGAAUCACAUGGGGUGUUAUUGCAAAGAUGCAAAGGGAGUGUGUCCAGGAGUUGUGAGCAGGGAAAAACCUGUGAGAGUCAGCACAGGCCAGAGAAGUGGCAGGGAAACCAACCAGCGCAGAAGGUUGGUAAAUCUGUUAAUUAUCAGGGAACUCUCAAAGGCCUCAAGGAAAGCAUGGCCCAGCAGGGAAUCCCCAAGGGAGAGAGAAAUAACACAUGUGUUUAUUGUGGGGAAAAGUUCAGUAGGCGCUCACAGCUUAUUACACAUCAGAAGACCCACACAGGGGAGAAACCCUAUGAAUGCUGUGAGUGCAGGAAAAACUUCACUGAUAGUGCAAACCUUAUUAGACAUCAGAGGAUCCACACAGGAGAGAGACCCUAUACCUGCUGUGAGUGUGGGAAAAGCUUUGCUUGGAGAUCAAGCCUUAUUACACAUCAGAGGAUCCACACAGGGGAGAAACCCUAUGAAUGCUGUGAGUGCGGAAAAACCUUCAAUGAUAGCUCACACCUUAUUAUACAUAAGAGGAUUCAUACAGGAGAGAGAAAUUACACAUGCGUUGAUUGUGGGAAAAAGUUCAGUAGACGCUCAACCCUUAUUACGCAUCAGAGGAUCCACACUGGGAAGAAACCCUAUGAAUGCUGUGAGUGCAAGAAAACCUUCAUUGAUAGCUCAAAUCUUAUUAGACAUCAAAGGAUCCACACAGGAGAGAGGCCCUAUAAAUGCUGUGAAUGUGGGAAAACCUUCACUACAAGCUCACUCCUUAUUACACAUCAGAGGAUCCACACAUCAGAGAAACCCUAUGAAUGCUGCGAGUGUGGGAAAGACUUUUCUUCAAGCUCAUACCUUAUUACACAUCAGAGGAUCCACACAGGGGAGAAACCCUAUAAAUGUCUUGAGUGCGGGAAAACCUUUGCUUGGAGCUCAUACCUUAUUAUACAUCAGAGGAUCCACACAGGGGAGAAACCCUAUAAAUGUUGUGAGUGCGGGAAAACCUUUGCUGUUAGCUCAAACCUUGUUACACAUCAGAGGGGCCACACAGGAGAGAGAAAUAACACAUGUGUUUAUUGUGGGAAAAAGUUCAGUAGGCACUCAACCCUUAUUAGACAUCAGAGGAGCCACACAGGAGAGAGACCCUAUGCAUGCUGUGAAUGUGGGAAAACCUUCACUCGGAGCUCACACCUUAUCAGGCAUCAGAGCAUUCACACAGAGGAGAAACCCUAUAAAUGCUGUGAAUGUGGAAAAACCUUCAAUCGGAGCUCAAACCUUAUUAGGCAUCAGAGGAUCCACACAGGGGAGAAACCCUAUGAAUAAGGAUAAGAUUUGGUCAUGGAUUCCAUGACUUUCCAGGACCUCCGGGGUAGGGCUGGAGCAGCUGUCAGCCGCGGGGCCACCGCUAAACAGCUGAUCAGCCAGCCAGCCUUCUGGAACAGCGAGCUGGAGCAGCUGCACUGUUCUCCCCCCACCCCCUGGGUUUUUUUAGUAAAAGGGACAGGUUGUGGCUUCCAUAAAUUUUUGUUUAUUGCCCAUGACCUGUUCCUGACUUUUACUAAAAAUACCUGUGACAGAAUCUUAGCCUUACCUGUGAAUGCUGUGAGUGUGGGAAAACCUUCACUCAGAGCUCACAAAUUAUUACACAUCAGAGGAUCCACACAGGGGAGAGACCCUAUGAAUGCUCCGAGUGUGGGAAAUUCUUCCAGCAGAGGUCAGCCCUUAUUUAUCAUCAGAAAAGUUGCAAGGGAGAUAAACACCAUAAAAAUCUUGUCUAGGGCUGAGAAAAUAUUUUGUUUUCCUUUUGCUAAUUCCCACGUAGUGAGCUUUAAGGCAGCAUUUGUGUCACCAUGGUCUCUCAGCUCCCCCAGCUGAGUUGUCUGCUUUUCCCUUUUGCAGCUCACCCUUCCUUGGGGUGAAUCCCAGUCCUUUUCAUCAAAUGCUUUGUCCUAUGUCAUAGAAGUGUGUGUCCCUCCAACAGGAAUGUCCUUCAGCCCCAGGUAGAGGGACCAAGAGUGACCUCAACUAGGUACAUGGAGGUUAAAUCUACCUGGGCCUUGACUCCACUAGUAUUUUCCAUGGAGUUAGCUACCUUGAGUCAGCUAUCCUGUUGUAAAAUUAACUAGUUUUUCAGUAAAGAAAAUAGCCCAUUUAUAGUGGCCAUGGUAAUUUAGCCCUGACAUAACCUCCAUCGCUUUUCCUAGCCUAAACAAAUUUGGAGAAUUACAUUUAUACUUUUCCUCCCACUGCAAAGCGAUUGUUAGUCAUCAAGUUACACUGGGUUGUGCUCAAUAGCAGUUGUUAUUGUACCAUUUUUCUCAUUUUAAAUAUAUUUAAAUAUAACAAAGAGAAAGGACCAGGACUGGGGAUAGGGAAAAAAGUGUUUUUUCAACCUCUGUGGCACCUGAAGAAGUAGUGAGCCAGAGGGAUUCUCACCUUCUGAAUUACCCCAACAGUAUUUCCUCUGUGCCAUGUAGAAUUUAUCUUCUCUACAUUCUAUACCUCCACUUCUCAAUGUGUCAUAUGAUUCAGUGUUCUCAGCCUUCUGCUUGGGAAUCAGUUUUUUUUCUUUCAUUCUAAAACAUAGUGAUUUAGGGUCUGAGAUGAAAGUGUCAAAGAUCUGGAAGGGGAAUUUGAAUGGAUCUCAAACAUAGUGUGAUCAUUUUAUAACCCAUAGGGCUAGCUAGCAUAUUCUUGGCUGUAAUGCAAGAAACCUAGAGGCAACAUCCUGUAUGUUGAGCUAAGGCAAGUUUGCGUACAUAUAUUUGGGACCUUUAGCCUAUAUAAAUGAUAAUAAGCUAAUGCAUAAAGUGUGUUUGUGUGUGUAUAUAUAUAUGUUUGUGAUCUUUAGCAUAGAUAAGUGAGGAAACAUUAAGAUAGAGGGCUACCUAAGUUCAUGUCCUCUAUAAACUUAACAGGUACACCACAAAGAACAUGGAAAUAACUCGUUAGGCCAGAAAUAAGAGAUGAGAAUGAGCUAAGUGUCAUUAAUAGGUAUGAAUAUGUCAUUAAUUCACAUGAACAUGCCACCCUAUAGGGUAAAUGUACUUUGAUUUUUGUGGGUGAGGAAAUUAAGUUUGGACAUGGAAGGAGGGCACCUGGUGCUCAGGCUCUAUAAGAGGGGCAACCUACCAUGUUAAGUUAGCCUUAUAGCUUCUAUAGUCUUAGUCUUAUAGUUCUCUAUAUUUCUUAAUUCUUAAAUUAGUUGGGUCAAACUCUAUUAGAUUAUGAUAUCUUUCUAUAGCUUUUAGUGCUCUAGCUUCUCCUAAGCUCUUCACCUCCCACUCGAGAACUGGGGAACCUGGAAAUCAGACUCUUUUGGCAUGCCAGAGGUGAGGCUGGUCCUUUGUCUCUUACCUCCAGGUGAUCUAAAAAGCUUUAUAAUAUAUAAUACCAGAUGUGCCACUAGAAGAAUAUUAUUUCCUUUGUAAUUCUAAUUGAUUAUUAUCUAUUUUAUUAUUAUUCCAUUUCAUCUCAAUAAAAGUCUUUAAGGUUA